AUGAUAAAGUUAUUCUACCAGCUCUUCCUAGUGGCCAGCGUCGUCGGGGCGGUCCAAACAAACUGCACCUCAAAUGCACGACCAAUCGUCGAUCUUGGAAAUGAAAUAUAUCAGGCUACGGAGCCUGAGAAUGAUACCACCGACUAUUAUAGUUUCUCUAACAUCCGAUAUGCCGCUGCCCCCGUCGGGGACCUCCGCUGGGCAGCCCCCGUGGCACCUCGCAGCAACCGGACUGCUAUACAGUCCAAAUCGCAGCCGGUAACGUGUGGGCAGGGAUCAUCCGCCUGGCAGAUUGUGACCUCGACGAAAAUCAACAAGUACCUAGAAACUGGUGUCACCCCCAACGUCUCUUACAGCGAGCUACCCACGUUCCUCUCCGACGGCGUAGAGGACUGUCUCUUCCUCGACGUGGUGACGCCUAGGACCAUUUUCGCCCACAUGUCCGAGCAGCAAGAGGGCCAGCCCGGCUCCCUUGCACCGGUGCUGAACGGCCUUGUGUACGUGGCACUCAACUACCGUCUCGGAGCCUUCGGGUUCCUGUCGGGGCCGUCGUUCGAGCAACAGGGCGCCUUUCUGAACGCGGGUCUACACGACCAAUCAGGAACCCUUCCGCCGCUCUUCCGCCGCGCCAUUGCCCAGUCUCCCGCUUACUUCCCCUACCGCUCCGCCGCGGACUGCGAAGACGCCUUCCGCUCAUUCCUUGGCCGCGCCAACGCCUCCACCCUCGCCGAGGCCCGCCGUCUUCCCUCCGCCGCCCUGCUGCAGGCCAACGCCGACACCACCGGCCAGGCCCAACCCUACCAUUUCCCCAUUUACGGCCCGACCCCGGAUAACAGCCUCGUGGUCGCUGAUCCCAAAGUCCACCGCCGUCGCGGCGAAUUCGACCGAUCCGUCACCCUGGCCGUGUCUCAUAACUCCGACGAAGGUCUUGUGCUAGUGCCGGCUAUCCACACAGACGACGAGUACAUCGACUUCCUACAGAGCAUCCUGACCCGCGCUCCCGCCUCGACCAUUGCCUUCGUCGCAGAUACGCGCACUGCUGCGGACAUGAUCAUCGACUGCAAUGCGGGGGCUCUUCGUCAGGCCUACGCCAACAGCUCGUUUGGAUACUACUUUGAUCUCACCCCGGGCAUUCACGCCCAGGACGUUCCUUACACCUUUUAUACGCCGGGGCAGCCUGCGUCAGGAUACAGCCUGGUUGAUACAGGCCUGGUAAAUGAGACCGUUGCUUUCGCGUGGCAGGAUUACAUCGUUGGGUUUGCGAAGACGGGCGUGCCUCGGAAUGCGGUCGACGAUCUGUCGAAGAUCCCCAGGUACGGUAUCGAGGGGAUGGUCGUGGGGUUCGGAAAUAGUGAGAUUCGUACACUUCAAGAUCCGGCUGUGAAUGAGCGAUGCGAGUGGUGGGGUCUUGGGCUGUUCUGA